AUGGUUAAUUUCAAAGUUUCAGUUUGCACAUAUUCCACAGUUUUGCGUUCUUUCAACUUUUGUGAUUUGUUGACACACUUACACUCAUCUUAGUAUCUAUAUGUACUUCAUUUUAAGGUCCUUCUCAUCAUUUACAAUAGUUGGAAGACAUGACGCAAUAAAAUAGUAGCAAGACGGAGUAACAUAUUUGAGAAUAGAUUUUUAAUUAUUUAUCGGAAAUAAGGAUUUAUUUUCUGACUUCACUUACCUUAGGGUUGGUGGCUAUCAAGGGGUGACCAUUCCGAUUUGUUAUUAGUGUUGUUGUGUGAUCUUCCUCUCUGCAAGUUGAAUUGCAUCUGAUGUUUUCUUGAAAACCAAGCACUACAUCUGCAAACUAAUAGUGACUGAAUUAUAUGUAAAUUAUAUUGACUUCAUAUAUUUCCUUUUUUAGGAAGUGAGAACAAAUAUUUUCUAUGCCAAAAUAUCUCUAAGUGGAAGUGACUUUUCCAUUUCACCGUUGCAAUAGUGUCUGUUUGUAAGAGCGAUCAUAUGUGACGUUUUCUGUCUAACCAAAAACUAUAUCUACAGAAGGAAAGAUUCAUUGAAUAAAUUUAAAAUCCUAUUGACUUGAAAGGUAUCCUUUCUUAAAUAGGCAGGUAUGUUUUCUGUAGAAAUGUUGUAAUUUUUAUGCAUAUAAAUUCUUAUUUUUUUGCUUGGUGCAGGCUGCUGUAUGUCUGAAAUGUGGGGUUGCUGGAUUUGAAGAGCUUCUUAUCUUCUGCAAGUCAUGCCGAAUUUAUGCUGAGCAUCGGUAGGGAAUGCACAUUAAAAAUAUUUACAAUGCGCGAAUGAUUGUCCUAUCACGAAUUUGAGAAUCCGGUAUAAAUGUGUAACGCCCCAAAUCAAGGCCCUUGUCCGGAUACAUUGGAUCUUGGGUGGGUUUUUUCAGAAGCUCCUUGGGUUAUUCCAGCGAUAUGGCCUUGUCUCAAGCCUGGACACUUCAAAAAACGUGACAGAUGAUUCAUACUCUCAUUUUUUUAUGCAUCCCAUGCACAUUUUAGCUCGUCAAAUUAUGUGAACUCAGAAUAUGCAGUACUACACCAUUCAUAUUAGUGAACGUGUAAGCAAACAUCAGUGACGACAACUUAACUAGGUUUUGCUAUUUAGCAUGAUUUUUAAUUUAAGUAGAUUAUCGAGUACUAACUAGGAUGUUGUAUACUAAAACUCAUUGAUUUUGUGCGAGUGGAGUUGCCAUCUUCGAGAUAAUGGUUAUGGAUUCAAUUUAAUUUUUCAGCUAUUGCUUGGAUAGAAUACCAAAGCCCACUGAAGAAGAUGUUCAUUGGUUGUGUUGCCAAUGCUGCCCAAGGGUUCCAAAGGCCAGAGUGCAUACCUUUGACAACCUGAUUCUAAAGAAUAGAGGGAUAUGGUCCUUGAGGCAUACUGACCACGGAGUUAAAAGUGAUAGUUUCUCGAAGAAGAAGAGGCAUCGCUUGCUUCAAAGCCCCAUCCCUGCUGGAACAUAUCGAAAUGUGGCCAAGCAACUCAAUGGCAGCUCUCAUUGUGUGGAGAAGGAUGUGCCGAGUGAUGCAUCAACACUUGAAAUAUUAAGGCCAAGAGAUGACAAAUAUGGUGAUGAUUCACUAGUAACCAGUGAGAAGGAUGUCAUGAGUCCAGGGAAAAACUGUGAACAAGCGUGUCUUGCAAUUGAUGAGAUCAAAAAGGGUAAAAGGAGGAAGUUAGAAUUGGAUGAUGAUUCUGAUGAAGACAAUCUUCCUUUGCCAUCCGGGAAUGAUUAUACGGAUCCAGUGGCUGCUUUUAGAUGUUCUACCGAGGUGGACAAGCUCUGCAGACCGUUGUCUACACCACAUACAUCAUUCCCCAAGCCUACUUUCGAGUGCUUCGGUCGUAAUACAGUGUGGAGGUCAAUCUAAUGAUUCAUUCCCCGGGUUCCUUGCCUUUUUUAGCCUUUAUUUUUAUGGGAGGAGGAAAUCCAGGGAAAUGUUAUGUUCAUUACUGUUUGCCUCUUUUCUUGAUUCCAGGGGUUACUUUAACAUCCAUGACAUAAAAUAUGGUCCUAUAGAAGCCCAUUUGUCGAAGACAGCGUGCGAAAAAGUGUGCAAUGUGGUUCGUACUUUGCCCCAAAUGUUUCAUUUUGAAAGGGUCCCGAGGCUAGAUACUUGGCCAAAAUCCUUUAAGCUCCUCCCACCUGCUGAUGACAGCAUUGCUCUCUAUUUUUUCCCGGGAGACAUGAGGUGCUUGGUCUGAUCUUGGGCUGCAAUUAUCUUUUAUUAUAUCGUCCAGAUUUCAGAUCGUUGAAUUGUUCUCUUUCCUCUCCUCUUCAGGGCCAAGGCAGAGCUUGAUCAGCUGCUGGAUGAGGUAAUAAUUUAUGACCUUGCACUGAAGGGCAUAGUGGAUGAAGCUGAUCUACUCCUGUUCUCCUCCGUGCUAUUGCCUCUGCGAUCCCACUGUAAGUUCUGA